CAUCAUUACCACUUGUGUUCUGCACCUUCAACCUCUCCCCUUCCCCACGGCCUUCCACCCACACAAUAGACAUGGACAACUCUCUGUGUCUCUGCUUUCCGUGCAUCCUGCACUACCUGGGCGGCUACAUCUAUCCCACAGCAGAGAACCAGUACUAUCCCGAGUUGCAACGGAGAGGAUUCACCACUGCAGAACAAAAGCAAAUUGCAGAGGAAUGGUACUGGGUCGCAUUCGAACGUGAGACGGCCGUCAAAGACUACCUCCGAGGAUAUGUGACCUUCCGAGAUGGAUGCUGGUGGAGACCGGCGCCAUCGCCGCCACCAUCCAUCCCAUCAACACCCUCCGUCGCCGACUCAAACACCUGAGCAAAACCAUCAAACCCUUUCUCCCAAACAUCACCUCUCAAUGCACCGCCUUUCAGCAUCUGCAUGACAUGCAAUGGGGAAAUAAAAGGAUGGCUCUGCUCCUCGCAAAAACAUGUCGGCAAUAAUCAUCUUGUUGGACCAUCGCGACUCCCGACUUUUCCUCACCACACCACUCACCCCUACGAUAUCCCCCGAGAACGUGCAAGUGCCGCCACCCAGCGUCGAGCGCUGCGCUGCGCGUUAUUUGCCAUCUGCUGCGGAUGCCAAACACCCGCGGAACCACCACCGAACCAGCGAACCGACUUCCCGACGCUGGGGAAAAAGCCAAACCAUGUGCUCGGUACCACAGGAACAGCGGUGUCUCAACGCAACGAAACCUGGUCCAUCUCACAGCGCGUGCAACGUGCGACGUGCGACCACAUGAUUGACUUCUGGCCCGGCGCAUAUUUCUAAACAUCGACCCGCUGUUUGGUCGAACACGAAAUUGCUGCUUCAAGGCAACCAACCAUUUCCCCCUCGACCACGUCACACCGCCGCCAAAACAAAAAAAAAGUCGGUGUUGCAAAGUUCCUGAGCUUCCUUUGUGCUGGAAUUGGUCUGGAUGUACGUCCGCCUUUUCAGGUCCUGCACAUGCGAAGAAUCAUACGGGAGCUUCGCCUUCUUCAGAACUCAUCAUAAAGCAUGCCUGUACGUCGUGGGAUGACUGGGAGACCAUUCUUCAAAUGCCUACAACAGGCCACUCUUUUUUGCCUUCCUUACACCGCCGAUUCACGCAAGGCAUGGGUUCUGCAAUCUACCCCUCGAGACAUCUUGGAAAGUCAUGGACCCUGGCUUUUUUUGCCUGUUGGGCUCAGUGGGCUGCGCUGCCGCUGCGGGACAUGUGUGCCAAGAUAAGAAAACUCCCCAACUCCAUUCCAUACAUGAAGUUGCCAUCACUAUCAUUAUCAUUAUCGGAAAUUUUUAUGUAGCCACAUGACAAGUGUAUGUAGCAGCAGUAACAAUCCAUCGCAGUUUUGGUUUGUCUGCGUCUGGACUCUGUUCUGCAUUGCGCAAUUGCUUUCGCC